GCCAAUGAUGAUAUUCGAGCAAACGAUGCUUCCGGUCGGGCACGUCAAGUAACUUUUGCGGAUAAUCCGGAUAUGUACAGUGAUAGUGGUAGUGAUGUUGUCUGUUUGAACGGUAGACCAACAGAACAGAAUAACCGAACGCUGCCGCCGAAGAAUGUCCGCUGGAAUGAACCAUUGGCCACAACUGCAGCACCGCUGGACAUUUCACCGGUUUCUUCACAUUCUCCACUCACAGCUGUGAAUUCAGAUAUGGUUGGUAAAUUAUUUUGGGCAAGCAGGCGCAACAACCGUGGAAAUUGA